AGCCAUGCAUAUAAAUAAAACAGAGCACCUGAAAUUUGAAAGGCUCCGUUUUUUUUUUCUCCAACUCCUGAGCUGCUUCUAGCUUCCAUGGCCAAGCCAGUUUCAAUUGAGGUUUGGAACCCCUGUGGGAAAUACAGAGUUGUCAGCACAAAACCGAUGCCGGGAACCCGCUGGAUCGAUCUAUUAGUCCAACAAGAUUGUAGAGUUGAAAUAUGUACCCAGAAGAAAACAAUCUUGUCUGUUGAAGAUAUCAUUGCUCUUAUUGGUGAUAAGUGUGAUGGAGUGAUUGGGCAGUUGACAGAAGAUUGGGGGGAGACGCUGUUUUCGGCUUUGAGCAGGGCUGGAGGCAGGGCUUUUAGCAACAUGGCUGUUGGAUACAACAAUGUUGAUGUGAAUGCUGCUAAUAAGUACGGUGUUGCUGUUGGGAACACUCCAGGAGUACUUACAGAGACUACAGCAGAGCUAGCAGCCUCACUUUCUAUGGCAGCUGCUCGAAGAAUAGUUGAAGCAGAUGAGUUCAUGAGGGCAGGCUUAUACGAUGGAUGGCUUCCUCAUCUGUUUGUGGGGAAUUUGCUCAGAGGACAGACUGUUGGUGUGAUUGGAGCAGGUCGUAUUGGAUCUGCGUAUGCUAGAAUGAUGGUAGAAGGGUUCAAAAUGAACCUGAUUUACUAUGAUCUGUACCAAGCCACACGCCUGGAGAAGUUUGUUACAGCUUAUGGUCAGUUCCUGAAAGCCAGUGGUGAACAACCAGUGACCUGGAAAAGAGCUGCAAGUAUGGAUGAGGUGCUCCGAGAGGCUGAUCUUAUUAGUCUCCAUCCAGUAUUGGAUAAGACCACUUAUCAUCUAGUCAACAAGGAAAGGCUCUCAAUGAUGAAGAAGGAAGCGAUCCUUAUAAACUGCAGCAGAGGGCCUGUGAUUGAUGAAGUAGCUUUGGUGGCACAUCUGAAAGAGAACCCCAUGUUUCGAGUUGGACUUGAUGUCUUUGAGGAUGAACCUUACAUGAAACCUGGUCUUGCUGAAAUGAAGAACGCGAUCGUGGUACCUCACAUUGCUUCUGCUUCCAAGUGGACUCGCGAAGGAAUGGCUACAUUGGCUGCUCUGAAUGUCCUGGGAAAGAUCAAAGGAUACCCAAUUUGGCAUGAUCCAAAUAAGGUUGAACCAUUCCUCAACGAGAACUCCCUGCCCCCAGCUGCAUCUCCAAGCAUAGUCAAUGCAAAAGCCUUAGGUUUGCCUGUUUCAAAGCUAUGAGCAGGAGGGGUUGAACACAAAUGGCCUAGUUGCUGCAAAGAGAGUGUUUUGGAGGAGUGGUGAUAAUAGGCUAUUUGCUCCAUCUUGUUCUCACUGGCUUUUCAUCUAAUGUAAGCAUAAUUAUAUAUAGGUUUAUCAGUUGAAUUGGGAACUCAAUCCUCUUGGUUUCUUUGGUAAUGAGACUCAAAGUUGUUGAUGAAUUGGUAGCAUGUAUACUACUUUAGUUCUUCCAUGCAGUCA